UCCUGUGGGAUCAAGUAGAAUUUCAUAAGAACAUAAUGGAUGGAGGGGAGAAAGCCUAUGGUGGCUGUGAAGGCCCUGACGCCAUGUAUGUCAAAUUAAUAUCUUCUGAUAGGCAUGAAUUUAUUGUAAAAAGAGAACAUGCGUUAACAUCAGGAACAAUAAAGGCCAUGUUGAGUGGACCAGGGCAGUUUGCUGAGAAUGAAACCAAUGAGGUCAAUUUCAGAGAUAUCCCUUUGCACGUGCUAUCGAAAGUAUGCAUGUAUUUUACCUACAAGGUCCGCUACACUAACAGCUCCACUGAGAUUCCUGAAUUCCCAAAUGCACCUGAAAUUGCACUGGAGCUGCUUAUGGCUGCCAACUUCCUAGAUUGUUAAAUAGAAUAAAUUAUAAUAAACUGUUCAUUUUUUCAGUAUUUAAUACCUGUAGUUCAGUUAGUCAUUUUUCCACAUAUAGCAUGUUACCUGUAUGAAAUUGAACUUUAAAGUUAAUUGCUGAGCAGAUUCCUUCUGUCAUUUGUAUAGCAGAGUUGAAAUUUGUUUACUACAUCAACAAAUUAAGGACGUUCACAAGCCAAGAAAUAAACAAAUAAUGCCAGUUUGUAGGUGGUUUGCUUUCUCCUUUGGAUGUGACCUUUAAAAUUAUAAGUAAUAUAGCAAAUCCUGGAAUGUAAGCAUAAAUGAACAUAUUCUA